CCUCACACCCAGCAGGUUGUAAAUUCAGUCCCUCAUCCAGGUUCUCGCUCAUUAGACCGAAGUCUUCCGCUGCCUACAGAAUCUUCAUUUCGGCAGGAUUUCAUUUCAGCAUGCAGAGCCUGUGGACCAGCAAACGUGACUUCUUUUUUUCUCUCUCUGUAUUAAUUAUAUACGGAGUUUUGGGGGGAAUAACGUGUGUCCAUUUUAAGGGCAGCAGUGAAGGGAUAGAGGGGGACCACAUCCACUCCCAAGACGUUGCCAGAUGGUGGGGAGAAUGGAGCUCCUGGUCAACUUGCUCUCGUACAUGUGGUGGUGGCGUGCGUUCCCAAGAAAGACACUGUCUACAGCAAAGGCUUAUCACUGUUCAAAAUGUCAACAACACUCUUUGUACUGGGCCUGCAAAGCAAUAUGAGCUCUGCCAAAAGCAAGUUUGCCCUGACAAUGGAGUUAGUUUUAAACAGCAGCAAUGUUCAAACUUCAAUGCAAAGGCUUUUGGUAGAAGAUACUACCUUUGGAUUCCACUUUAUCCUGAUGACUACAUUAACAUAUCUAAUAAACCAUGUGACCUUCAGUGCACUACUGCAAAUGGAGAACGUCAGCUGCUUGUUCCCGCACAUGAUGGUACAUCUUGUAAAGACAGGAUAUUUCAAGGAGUCUGCAUUGAGGGCAAGUGUGAGGUAGUGGGAUGUGAUGGGAUUCUUUAUUCCAGUAAAACUGCAGACAAGUGUGGAGUCUGCGGAGGAAAUGGCUUGUCUUGCCACCGUAUAUCAGGAUCUUACCGAAAAGGGAUCACACAGUUAGGUUAUCUUUUUAUUACUAACAUCCCUGCUGGUGCAACUGACAUUCAGAUUAUUGAAAGAAGAAAGACUGAAAAUAUUUUAGCUCUCUCAGAUGAAGCUGGCAAUUUUUUCUUUAAUGGAAACUCCAUUAUUGAUAACCCCAGAAACUUUCAUGUGGCUGGAACGGUUUUUAAGUAUAGAAGACCAUCUAAUCUUUUAUCAGAUGGGUUUGAGUAUAUCAUAGCAUUAGGACCCACUGAUCAAGGAUUGAAUGUUAUGUACUACAAUAUAAAUGGAAAGAUGCCUCACAUAACUUAUGAAUAUACAGUGCCCACCUCUUCAGUGCUCAUAACAGUACCUCCAGCUAUGGAUGUGGAUCUCUACAUUCACGUUCCUGAACCUGAUUUUGAAAAGACUGUGAAAGAUCUCAAUAUGAAAAACAGAGUGGAAAAGCCUGACUCCAUUCCAGGCUCAAGCCACACAACAGUAGACCUCUCUUACAAUGAUAAUGAGAUUGAUAGUGUUGAGGACUAUGGGUCUGAAAACUCGACAUCCCCCUUAGCAUUUGUCAGCAAUUUAGCUUCAGAGCAAGAGACGGAUGGUUUAAUCUGGGAACUCCAGCCCCCACUGAACUUAUCAACUGAUCCCAGUCUUCUCAUACUCAAGCAAAUGAAUAUGUUUUUUCACAACAGGGUGUAUAACAAACUUGCAGACAAAAGUGGACAGACUGGAGAUGCAUCAAUGCCUGGCAUGACAAAUGCAAGUUUAGGUGAUCAACACGAGACCAGACUAUCUUUUAAGCAUCUCUUUUUGGGUAUCCUGUCUAAACCUGCUGGGAUACACAGGUCUUGCAACAACAGGUCUUCUCAUGAUGCUGGUUGUUUCGAAAAAGCUAGUGCUGAGCCACAUCCUAUCCAUCAAAACUCAAGUACUUUCCUUAAGAACAACUUGUCUCUGAAGAUCUUUUCAGGAAGCCUCGAUUCAGAGCUAAGAACAAGGCCUGAGGAAAGAGACCCAUAUGACUUGAUAUCUGAAAUGGAGUACUCUGUGCUCAAUUCCAGUACUUCUCAUAAUCUGCCCUUGCUCAAUCUACACAGUUUUCAGCCAGUACAAGCUCCUGCCACAGAAAGCAAUGAGUUUGAAGUGGAAUCCAUUGACCAUGACAUCAGUCUGGCUGACAUGUACAGAUGGAAGGUAUCUGCGUAUGCACCCUGCAGUUCAACAUGUACUACAGGAAUUAGCAGCUCUUAUGCCAUGUGUAUCCGCUAUGAUGGGGUGGAGGUGGAUGAAACUUACUGUGAUGCUGUGACACGCCCAGAACCAACACAAGAAUUCUGCACAGGCAAAGAAUGCCCACCAAGAUGGGAGACCAGCAGAUGGAGUGAGUGUUCACGGACAUGUGGAGAAGGCUAUCAAUUUAGAACUGUGCGAUGCUGGAAGAUGAUGGCACCAGGAUUUGACAGUUCGGUGUAUGAUGAGCUUUGUAGGAAUGCAGAGUUACCAAGGCCCAUCGAAAGGAAGAUGUGCAGGAACAAGGGGUGUGGGCCACAGUGGGAAGUCUCAGAAUGGUCAGAGUGUUCUGCUCGUUGUGGGGGAAAGGGAGUGACCAGACGAGAAGUGCGCUGCUCCAUGGAGGCUCAUUUAUGUGAUCAGUCUUCUAAACCUGUGGGAGAGAAGGACUGUGAUGGGCCACCUUGUGAUAGACGAUGGACGGUAUCGGAUUGGGGCCCGUGUUCAGGAAUCUGUGGAGAAGGACAAAUGACACGCUAUGUAGCUUGCAAGAACAGCAAUGGAAAUAUCAUCUCUGAUACUCAGUGUGAUCCAGAUCUCAAACCCCUGGCUGUAUACCCCUGUGGUGAUAAAAACUGCCCAGCCCACUGGGUGAAACAAGAGUGGGAGCAGUGCAAUGCCACUUGUGGUAGGGGUGUAAAGAGAAGGCUGGUCAUCUGCGCUGGACUGGAGAAUGGCGUCUACAAGGAGUUUCCAGAUCAGAGUUGUAAUUCAAUAUUGAAACCUGAAGAGGAAGCUGCCUGUUUUGAGAGACCAUGCUCCAAAUGGUUUACCACUUCCUGGUCCCAGUGCAGCAAAACGUGUGGUACUGGAGUAAAAGUACGAGAAAUAAAGUGCUACCAGGGUGAAGAAGUUGGUCAUAGCUGUGACACAUCAACCAAACCAGAGUCCCGACAGUCUUGUGAAAUCCAACCUUGUCCAACAGAAAUUCCAGAUGAGGCCUGCCAGGACAAGGCUUCUGCAAACUGUGCUCUGGUGCUGAAGGUGAAACUAUGCACACAUUGGUACUACAGGAAAGCCUGCUGCCAGUCGUGUAAAAACAAAAGUCCUUAAACCACAGUGUCAGAGAAUGGAAACAGCAUGGGCUGAAGGCUUGAAAUUAAACAUAAGGAACUUUCAGAAUACCUGGACACUGAAUGGACCCAGACAUGUGAAUCUGAGGUUGAACCACUGUGUGUUGCACAAUUCAUUUGUUACGCCACUAACAGAGGUCAACAAGUCUUAUAGUUAUUGCUGUGUGCUUCCAGGGGAGUACAAGAAGCCAACGGGAAAGCAUCUGUUUGCUGAAAUGUAAGGUUUGUAUUAGCAGUGAUUGUACAGAUUAUAAUGCAACACUACUAAGUUUUGAUAAAUGUGCCAAAUGUUUAUUCAGAUACUUUAAAAGGCUUCUCAAUAUAUUUGCUUAUCCCAUGUGUACUAAUUGUUUCCAAUUAUGUACUGUAUGUGUUUGCCCUAGGUUCACACAGAUAUAAAUGAAGGAUGA